AUGAAAUUCGGAGAACACCUUAGAAAAGCAUUAAUUAAGAAUUAUUCAUUCUAUUAUAUUUCUUAUGAUGAUUUAAAACAUCAAUUAAAAAAAGGUUUAAAAGAUAAUGAUUACACAUGGAAUAAUGAAUUAGAAGAAGAUUUCCUUAAUCAGUUAGAAACUGAAUUAGAUAAAGUUUAUAGUUUUACAAAAGUUAAAAACACUGAAGUUAAUAGAAGAAUUAAAGAAAGUGAAAAAUAUGUUCAUGAAGUUGUUAAUUCAUUACAUAGAUAUCAAAAUAAUGAUCCCCUUGUAAAAAAUCCUCCACAAGAACAAGAUUUUGAAGAUUUAGAAGAAGAAUUAUCAGAUAUUAUUGCAGAUGUUCAUGAUUUAGCUAAAUUUACAAGAUUAAAUUAUACAGGUUUUCAAAAAAUUAUUAAAAAACAUGAUAAAACUACAAAGUUCCAUUUAAAACCAGUUUUUCAAGCAAGAUUAAAUUCAAAACCUUUUUAUAAAGAUAAUUAUGAUAAUUUAAUUGUUAAAUUAUCUAAAUUAUAUGAUUUAGUUAGAACUAGAGGUAAUCCAGUAAAAGGUGAUUCAUCUGCUGGUGGAUCUCAACAAAAUUUUGUUAGACAAACUACAAAAUAUUGGGUUCAUCCAGAUAAUAUUACUGAAUUAAAAUUAAUUAUUUUAAAACAUUUACCUGUUUUAGUUUUUAAUGCUGAUAAAGAAUUUGAACCUGAAGAUUCUGCAAUUACUUCAAUUUAUUUUGAUAAUAAAGAUAUGGAUUUAUAUUAUGGAAGAUUAAGAAAAGAUGAAGGUGCAGAAGCUAUUAGAUUAAGAUGGUAUGGUGGUAUGAAAAGUGAUCAAAUUUUUGUUGAAAGAAAAACUCAUAGAGAAGAUUGGACUGGUGAAAAAUCUGUAAAAGCAAGAUUUGGAUUAAAAGAGAAAAAAGUAAAUUCAUUUUUAAAAGGUGAUUUAAAAGCAAGUGAAGUAUUUGAUAAAAUGAGAAAAGAAGGUAAAAAAUCUCCUCAAGAAAUUGAAAAUUUAGAAAGAUUAGCUCAAGAAGUUCAAUAUAGAAUUUUAAAAGAAAAAUAUAGACCAGUUAUGAGAUCAUUUUAUAAUAGAACUGCUUUUCAAUUACCUGGUGAUGCAAGAGUUAGAAUUUCUUUAGAUACUGAAUUAACAAUGGUAAGAGAAGAUGAUUUUGAUGGAUAUGAUAGAACUCAUGGUAAUUGGAGAAGAACAGAUAUUGGAGUUGAUUAUCCAUUUCCUCAAUUAAGUGAAAAAGAUGUUUGUAGAUUUCCUUAUGCAGUUUUAGAAGUUAAAUUACAAACUCAAUUAGGUCAAGAACCUCCAGCUUGGAUUAGAGAAUUAAUUAGUUCUCAUUUAGUUGAAGCUGUUCCUAAAUUCUCAAAAUUUAUUCAUGGAGGUGCAACUUUAUUAACUGAUUAUGUUGAUUUAUUACCAUUUUGGUAUACUCAAAUGGAUGUUGAUAUUAGAAAACCAAAAGUUAUUGAAGAAUAUGGUAUACAAAGACAUCAAGGUCAACAACAAAGUAGACUAGGCUCAUCAACAAGUGGGAAUGAAUUAGAUGAAGAAGAAUUUACUGGUGAUUCAUAUACUGGUGUUCAUUUUUCAAAUGAUACAAAUCCAUUAGAAGAUGAUUUAGAUGAACAAACUCCAUUACUUUUACCAUCAACUUAUAAUACAAGAAAUUCAAAUUCACCAAUAAAAAAUUUUUUUUAUCAUUUAUAUGGACAAUUUUUACAUUAUUUUAAUGAUGAUAGAACUUUUACUGUUAAACCUGGAACAAAUUAUGAUUUAAAUUCAACUUUUAAAGAUAAAUUACCAAAGGGGAAAACCAUAUGUGUUCCAGUUAGAAUUGAACCAAAAGUAUAUUUUGCAAAUGAAAGAACUUUUUUAAGUUGGAUAAGUAUUGGUAUGUUAUUAGGUUUUACUGCAACUACAUUAUUAAAUUAUGGUACAAAUUCUGCAUUAACAGCAAGUAUUGGAUUUUUUAUAACUGCUUUAUUUACUUUAUCUUAUGCUAUAUAUAGAUAUAUUUGGAGAGUUAUAAAUAUUAGAGAAAAAAAUCCAGUUGCUUAUGGAGAUAAAAUUGGUCCAAAUUUAAUUUGUUUAUUUUUAUUUUUAAGUACUUUUACAACUUUUCUUUUUAGGUUUUUGGAAUAA